UAAGAUCACGUGGGAAACGUCAGCGAGCACUUUGCAAGUACGCAGUGUGAACGGUUUGGUUGUCGUGACAGUGCUGUGUUGGUGGGAGUGGUUGUGCGGAGUCCGAGAGCAGACAUGGCUGACACUUCUGCAGGGAUGUUUAAAAAAGUCAUGGAGAAUCAGUUGUUGCAGACUGCCAAGAUGAUGGAAGAACAGCUGGAUGCUCAGUUGGAAAAGCUAGAUAAGUUGGAUGAAGAUGAAUUGGAGAACCUAAAGGCAAAGCGACUAGAAGCUUUAAAGAAGGCCCAGCAGCAAAAACAGGAAUGGCUCUCCAAAGGGCAUGGUGAAUACAGAGAAAUACCCAGUGAAAGAGAUUUCUUCCAAGAAGUGAAAGAAAGUAAAAAUGUUGUCUGUCACUUUUACAAGGACUCUACAUUCAGAUGUAAAAUAAUGGAUAAGCAUCUUGCAUUGCUGGCUAAGAAACACGUAGAAACCAAGUUCCUGAAACUGAACGUGGAGAAAGCUCCUUUCCUGUGUGAGAGACUGCGUAUAAAAGUCAUCCCAACUCUUGCCCUUGUGAAAGAGGGGAAGACCAAAGAUUACGUGGUUGGUUUUACCGAUUUAGGGAAUACAGAUGAAUUCACCACAGAGACUUUAGAGUGGAGACUCGGCUGUGGUGAUAUUAUUAGCUACAGUGGAAAUUUAAUGGAACCUCCAUUUCAAUGUCAGAAGAAAUGUGGCAGCCAUUUUACAAAACUGGAGAAGAAAACUAUACGAGGAAUGAAGUAUGACUCUGACUCGGAUGAUGACAACUAGUUUGUCAAAAUGCCCGACUGAGCCAGCUCUACGAUUAUCAUCCCCCAUCACUGGGAUUUUAUAAGAACUCACUUUGACAGUUUUUCGGACAUAUUGAUCUGCUUUGAAAAUGUAACAUUACUUUGACAACAGCACUUGAAAACACAUUGAAUAUUUGUUCAAAGCCAACUACAAUCCUUCGGUGUAAAACUUUCUUUCAAAAGUUUUAUACAGCCAUCACAAAUUUAUGUAUGACAGCUAAAAUGUGUAGAUGUCAUGGAUAAAACAAGAUCUGUAUUUUUAAAAAGACACUAGGAUUGAGCUUUUACGAAUUUCACACUGGGUGGGUGUGGGUUUUCAUUAAUUAACUUGUUCAUAUAUCGGUAUGUAUCAGAUACCCAGGUUGAAGCUAAACUCUGGUGAAAAGUAAGUCUUCCCUUGCCACGCCUGAACUUCAUUAUUUAAAUGUUCAUUUAUGUCUAGAGGGACUGGGUAAAGUACAUUUAGGCCCCUUUCACACUGUCGGACCGAUCGGGUCCACCUGUCUGUUUUUCAGGAGGACCCGAUCCAUCGCGCUCUAUGGAGUGGUGAUCUGAUCCCGUCUGCUUAACCACUUCCAUACUGUAGGCCCAUCCUAUGACGUCCUUGAUUUUUUGGGGAAAUCUGAAUGAUGGCUGCAGCUACAGGCAUCAUUCAGAUAUCGUUCUUUUUUGCCGGCGAUUCUGUGCACUAUAAGAAUGAUCAUGGCGGC